AAGUUGCCAAUGUCUAUCUCCCUCCUCACCUCAACAGACAGCUGAGAGUGAUUUCAAUUUCGCCGCCGUGUACAGUACCGUAGUAUUCCAUAAAAUCAGACACAAGUGUCGCUUUGGCAUUUGGUAAUAUCCCCACGGUUUCUAUUUUCCGCUUCGCGCGGUGGAUUUUUUCUCGGCCAGUGCGUGAUCGUCGCGUUCAUAUUAUUAAUUCAACUCGUAUUGGUUCUCCACAAACUCACUUUCUUAGGAAUGGCGGUUUUUAAUCCAACUUAAGUUUAUUACUUCAACUCGUAUCGGUCUUUAAUUUUAUAUUAAGAACCGGUAGAGUACGAUCGCUGCUAGAGGCAUAUUCUCGUGCGUCAUGCGUCCUUCCAGCUAGCGCGAUUGACCUCCUCGCUUGUUGCCUCUCCCCGGGAGCUAACCGUCCCCUUACUUUGUGCCAAGUUCCGAUCCUCCUUGCGAUCCCUAGGCUUCUAGCAAGCGCGACCUCCUCGCUUGCUGCCUCUCCCCAGCAGCGAGCCGUCCCCUUACUGUGCACCAAGUGCCGACCCGCCUUGCGCUUCACACCGCAUCCCUGGACUUCCCGCCUCGCGCUUGACCUCCUCGCUUGCUUCCUCCCCUAGUGCCAGCAACUGUCCUUGACCUUAAAGCCCAUCCCCAGCAACUUUCCCGUAGUAGCUGUAUGUUUAACCGUCCUUGACCUUAAAGCCCAUCCCCAUACUUCCGCUUCCGCCAAUGGAGGACUCGCGGAGGCGCGCUGCUGGUGCGCCACCCUCCCGCGGUCCCCCGAACGCCUUCCCCGGCAGCGUUGGCGGCGGAAGCGCAAUGAACAGUACCGCUCGGCGCGGCCCUUCCAGCGCCAUUGGCGGAGGCGGAGGCGGGAGCAGCGGUGGCGGCGGAGGCGGCGGUAGCACGGCGGGCCGCGGGAGAGCGCGGCCGCUCAGGGGAACUUCCGCUCCCUCUUCCGCUCCGCCGGCGCAGAGAGUCGCAGGGGGCCCUGGCGCAGCUCCGCCAGCCAAGUCCGCUGGAGGUGCGGUGGCGGCGGGCAGAGGCGCGGGGAAGGGGAAAGGUGUGCGCUUGCGCCCGCGACCGCGGGUGCAGUUGCGGAAAUACCCCGGAUUAAAGCCUGCCAUAUCGAGCUAUAGUAAGCUACGCGCACGCGUCACGGGGCAGCUAUUGGAGCCGAAAAAAAAGCUGCGGUUUAGCGAUAACGUGGAGGUUGCCACGUGGGACGCUGACGUGGAGGGUGACGGUGACGUGGCACAAGCCAGCGCAGCAGUCGCCGCCACAACUGCCGCCGCGCCUCGCGCGGGGUUUUCGUUCCGGAAAGUGUUUAAUAGCGCCGCGGGCGCUGCGGAAAGCGUCGGGGGGACUUUGCUCGGGCAGAAAAAAAAGCCGCUGCCUAAGGAUUUACCCACAAUGUUUGUCCGACACAAGUCUAAAUCCAAGGAGAAAAAGAAAUCCUCGAAAAAGGAGACGAACACGCAGGGCGAAUGCGUGGAUAUGAAGGGAUUAAAGCCCAAGGAAGGCGAAGCGGAAGAGCCGCGGAAGCAGGGAGACAAAGGAGCGGGAAGGGGGAAGCCGCCGGGAGACAGGUCGCAGCUUUCCAGCGGUGCUCAGUCGUUCGGGCAGCGUGAAAAUAAGGGGGAUCGGGCAGCAGUGGAAAGUAAAUUUGUGGCAGCCGGUAGCAGGAGCAUGAAAGCGGAUGGCGGAGGGGGAAUGGUUGGGGGAACGGGAGGGGGAACGGGAGGGGGGUUAGGAAGGGGAGGGAAGCCUCUGGCAAGUGCGAGUAUGCCUAAAGACCAGCGGACGGCAACGGUUGCUGCUGCAGCAGUGGGUGCUGAUUCCGCUGGCGUUGCUGGUGGCGCUGCUGUCGCUGCUGUUGCUGCCGGGAUGCGAGGACUUGAUAUAAGUGAGACGGCAGAGGAGGAGGGGCUUGAGAAGGGGGUGGCGGAGGGAGGGGAGGAGGAGGAGGAGGAGGAGGAGGAAGAGGACGAUGAUAGCGAUGAGGAGGAGGAGGAGGAGGAGGAAGAGGAGGAGGAAGAGGAGGAGGAGGAGGAGGAGGAGGAGGAGCGAGGGUAUUGGGUGGAUGAGGAUAUAGAAGAGGAGUAUGAGGAAGAGAUGGAGCAAGAGGAGGCGGAGGGGAAAGGGGAGGCAGAGGAAUGGGGAGAUGAGGAGACGGAGCGAGGCCCGCUGGAUGCUGACGUGGCAGGCUGGGCUGCCAGCCGGCAGCAGAGCAUCCAGCUGGCGGGAGGGAGUGACUUGGAGGCAGGGCGGGUGGGAGAGAGGGAGGAGGGGGGAGGGGGAGGGGGAAGCGGGCAGCUGUUGGCGGCGAGCAAGAGCUCAACGGGCUCAGAUACACAACGAGCUCUUCGCAGCCCGUCGCCCUUGGCAUCCCCUAGAGCCCAGCCACUGCGGCCGCCGUCACAGGUGUCAGAGCCGACGCACGGCCGCAGCCCUUCGCCUUUGGCGUCCCCUAGAGCACAGCCUGGGUCGCAGAUAGGGGCAGAUGGAUCCGAGCUGGGACGGCCUCUGUCAGAAGCCGACAAUAACAAGGACCUUGGGAUCCCCCCGUCACCCUCCACCGUAGUUUCAGCUUCACCCAUGCGCUCUUUGAACCGACCUGCCAGCAAGCGCUCUGCCUCCGCGCAGCUCACAAUUACCAGCUUAGAUCUGUACGACAUUCCUGGUGCUACUGCUGCUGCUUCUAAUUCUACUGCUGCUGCUGCUGCUGACGAUACCGCUGUGUACAGCCAUGGGAGGGGCAAGGGAGCCCUUAAUCCCAGCUCUAGACGAUCGCAGCCAGGCCAAGAUGCGGAGUUUCAGGCUGCCCGGUUCGGUCCUAUGUCUGCCCGGGGCACUCGGCCGGCACCCUUGUUCGAUGAAGACGUGUUCCCCGGGGAAAGGGGGGAUAGAGGAGAAAGGGGAGAUAGGGAGGGGAGAUAGAGGAGAAAGGGGAGAUAGAGG